AUGGGCCGAGUUGAGUGUCUAGGUGGCUUAGCUCCUACAUAUGUCGACUUCGGCCAUGAACCCAAUCUUGAAUCAAGAUCUUAUUUUGACGACCCCGACCCCGACUACGAUGACGACCUUGACCCCGACUCCGAUGACGACCCUGACCCCGAAUCUGUCUCUGAUUCACACCCAGAUCCCGACUUCGACUCUGAAUUCGACUCCGACUCUGACCCCGACUCAAGCUUAGAUCCCAAUCCUUAG